AUGGACUCCUCGUACGCUUCGCGCCACGAGAAACUUGAAAUCUCAGAGCUCGAAAAUGGAGAGCAUGAGCCUGUUACGAAGAAGGGGGAGAUUGAGCGGAUCGAUGCAAUAGCUACGGCGCAAGGCACCACACUGGCUUCCUUUGCGCAUCUGGAUGAAAAGAAGAUCCUGCGAAAGGUGAGGAUGGACAUUCGACUCAUCCCGAUGCUGGCUUUACUCUACCUACUCUCAUUCCUGGACCGUGGAAACAUCGGAAACGCCAAAAUCGAAGGACUUCAGGAAGAUUUGGGAAUGACGGCCGAUCAAUACAACUGGUGCCUCACCGUCUUCUUCUUCACCUACGCCGCGUUCGAGGUCCCGAGCAACCUGCUGCUGAAGAAGCUCCGCCCGAGCGUGUGGCUACCAACCAUCAUGGUCGCGUGGGGCCUCGUAAUGACCUUGAUGGGUAUCGUAAAGAACUAUCACGGCCUGUUGAUAGCUCGCAUCUUUCUCGGAGUGACGGAGGCCGGGCUGUUUCCCGGUGUCGCAUACUACUUGACAAUGUGGUAUUGCCGCCACGAGAUCCAGCUUCGCCAAGCCAUGUUCUUCUCGGCGGCUUCCAUUGCCGGUGCCUUUAGCGGUCUCCUCGCGUUCGCAAUCUCCAAGAUGGACGGUAUUGGUGGGCUGGAGGGAUGGCGCUGGAUCUUCAUCCUCGAGGGCAUCGUGACCGUCCUCGUUGCCGUCAUGGCGUUCUUUGCACUACACGACUUCCCUGAGACGGCCAAAUUUUUGACUGAGGAGGAACGAGCGUUUAUUGUCUUCCGACUGAAGUACCAGGGUCAGGUACAAGGCAAGCAAGAAAACCGUGUGCAAGUUGCCGAGGCCGAGGAGUUCAAGUGGAAAUACGUCGUGGACGCGUUCAGCGAUUGGCAGAUCUGGAUCAACAUCUUUGUGUACUGGGGUAUUGUAUGCCCGCUCUACGGAAUCAGCCUAUUCCUCCCGACCAUCAUCCGAAACCUAAACUACACGUCCAGCACGGCGCAGCUGAUGACUGUACCGAUCUACAUCACGGCUGCGAUUCUCGCCGUCAUUGUGGCGUAUGUAUCAGACAGGGUUGGCAAGAGAAGCCCCUUCAUCGUCGGAUUCUUGUGUAUGAUGAUUGUUGGAUUCUCAAUGUGCAUAUCAAGCUCGAACCCCAAAGUGGUGUACGGAGGCGUCUUCAUAGCCGCUUGUUCCAUCUAUCCCGCCUUCCCAGGAGUUAUCAGCUGGCUCUCGAACAACCUCGCCGGAAGUUACAAACGAAGCGCAGGAAUGGCGCUCCAGAUCGGCGUGGGAAACCUCGGUGGCGCCAUGGCAUCCAACUUUUACCGCCAAAAGGAUGGCCCACGAUAUAUCCUAGGCCACGCCCUCGAGCUCGGUUUCAUAUCGGUCGGUAUCAUCGCAGCACUGGUUCUCAUCUUCAGCUACAUUGGCAUUAACAAGAAGCGCGACCGGAAGAUGGCGGCUGGGGAGGACAGCAAGUUUACUGCAGAGGAGCUGUCUGGACAGGGUGAUCGAGCAGUAACUUUCCGGUACAUGUGGUAG